AAUUUAAUUUUAUAGAAUUAUUUAGAAAUAUUAUUAUGUACUUUUGUGUAUUAUUCGUAAAUUUCUGUUUUUAUUUAAUAAUACGCAUUAAACUAAAUAAAAUUAAUAAUUAAAUGCUUAAAAUUCUACGAGAAAUGUUAAGAUAUACAGCUGUCAUAAGUUAACCUCAACCGUUUUCUUGCAAUGUUUUGAUUACCUAGUUUUCCCGAUUUAGUUAAGUCCUAAGUGUUUUUUACGUCUUGUUUUAAACUUUUGUUAGUUGUGAAAGUAUUUACUGUAUUCAAAAUGGACGACAAAGAAGUAAUGUACCUUGAAAAUGAAUUAAAAACGAGUAUCUACAAAGUGAAUGACCAAUUUAAGGACAUGUCAACGGAGGAACGAAGAUCAGAAUUGUUAGCGAUACAAAGAAUGCGGCGUGAAUUUGGAAAUGGAUGUGAUGAUCGAAACUCCAAGACAAGUCAUACACAAAACAGGCGCAGGAAACACUUCUAUCAAUAUAUGAUCUCAGAAUGGUUCCUUAAAGCACCAGAAGAUUUAAAUGAACAGUGGGUGGUGAAAUUAAUACCUAAUGGCAUAAGACUUUUGCUCAUUGCAAAAAAGGGACACACGAGUGCUUUUUACAAAUGUGGACAACCAUGUAUUUAUUUAAAAACGAAAUUUCCUGGUGGAGACUCAAGGAAAGGAGCCAUGACUGUUUUGGAUUGUGUAUACAAUAAGGACACACAAACUUUUUAUAUUGUUGACUGCUUAAGCUGGAACAAUAUUGUAUUACUCAAUGAAGAUGCAGCAUUCCGUUUUUACUGGCUCAGGAACAGAUUGCUAGACAGUCCAGAAUUAUUAGAAAUGUCUGGAUACAGUUUUAGACAUGUGGAUUAUCUGGAUGUUAACCUAGAGGCGAUACAAGAAGAAUUAGACAGACCUAGUGAGAUAAAUAAUGGACAAGUAAUCAGUUAUGGUGGUGCAGUAUUUUACCAUAAAGAAUCUCUAUACACUUUCGGUUACACGCCUUUGUCAUUAUGGUUGCCUACUUUCAUGUUUCAAGAAAUGUUGGGCAUUCACGUUAAACCGGAACAUUUGCAAAACAUGCCAGAAAAUUAUCAAAAUGUAGAGGUGUAUAUUAAGGGGAUUAUUGACAAGGUUAAAAGAAGAACCAAAAUUUCUGAAAGUGUAGAAAUGGAAUGUGAAGAAAACAAUGGAAUGGAAGAUGUUCAGGAGGAAGUAAGUCCCCCCUAUGUUAAAUAUAACAGAAAAAGGAACAUAGAAAGUUUGGAUUUACCAGAAGAUUCUGUUGUACAUUUGGAAUCAAAGAAAAGGAAAAUUAUUACAGAAAUACAUUUUAAUUCAUUGAAAAGAAUGCAGGAACAAACUGAUAUCUUUGAUGAAUUGAUACCAAAGAAGAAGAAACUAGAAUUCUUUUAUGAGUAAUUAUUGAAUAAUUUUAUUUAUUCGAUGAUUUCCUGACUGAGAAUUAAUUUUCUCAUAUUAUGUGAUUUUGAUUGUUAAUCUUUGAUUAUUUAGUAUUUUAAUUAGGUUGAACAAAUUGAACUCUUGAUUGUAUUAUUCUGUGAUUUUUAAAAAGCACAUAGUUUUACUAAUGCAAUAAUGCAU